AUGUCAGUCAAGGCAGAUGCUACUGAGCAGGUGCGAUUCCUGGUGCACUGCAUCGGAAACGCCCAGAAUGGACGACCUGAUUUCAACGCCGUAGCUACUGAGAUGGGCAUCGUCUCCAAGGCUGCAGCCCAAAAACGUUAUGAGAGACUGCUCAAGCAGUACAACAUCACCCGCAAGCCAAACCUGGCAUCUGCUACCACUAAUGGUGACAGCGACUCUACUCCCAAGAAGGCCAGCCCCAAGAAGCGAGCUGCCCCCGCCGGAGUCAACGGCAGCCCUACCAAGAAGCGCGCCGGCCGCGGCGUCAAGAAGGAGGAGACUGACGAGGACGAGGAUAAGCCUCCCAAGACUCGCUCUCCCCGCGCUGCCGCCCAGAAGGCCGAGGCUACUUCUGGUGACUCCUCCGAGGAGAAGCCCGUCAAGGACGAGCGCGAGGAAUCUCCCCUCUCUGGCGAGACGGGAAUCUGGAAGUUACGAUGUGUGUUGGUUGGGUACGACUUGCUCUCAGCGCUGGCUGCGAACAUUGGAGACACUCAUGAUAUUUUGCCCAACAGGAAAUUUGGUCUGCUUUUUUUGCUCUUUAUUUACUAA